UAAACUGUCAUCAGUAAAGCUCCAGACUGAGAAAAAAAAAGUAUUUUAAAAAAAUAAUCGAAUAGGAAAAAAGAAAAAUUGAACAUGGAAUGGAAGUUCCCCGCGACACACACCGAGAACAGUUGAAAUACUCCAUUAGCCAUUUUGCUUUGCCUUACACUUCAUUCUUCUCUUGCUCUCUUUCUCAAGUACUACAAUCUAUGUGGUGGGAUGGGCUGUACGGCGUCGAAGCUAGACAACGAAGACAAGGUAAGGAGAUGCAAAGACAGGCGCCGCCUGAUGAAGGAGGCCGUUCACGCUCGGCAUCAAUUAGCCGCCGCUCACGCCGAUUACUGCCGUUCUCUCCGUGUUGCUGGCGCUGCUCUCUCCACCUUCGCAGCUGGUGAACCCCUUUCCGUCUCUGACGAAACCCCUGCCGUCCUCCUCCACCCCGCCACCCCAUCUCCACCAACUGCUAAUCUGAUCCCUCCACGUGCCCCUCCAUCUCCCUCCCCUCCUCCUCCUCCGCCUCCUCCUUUAUCUCCUUCCCCUUCCCCUUCUCCGACAAUUGCUAGCUCCAAACUCCCUCACAUACUCUCGGCUUCAAGCCUCCCAUCUCCUACAUCCAAUCGUCGUCGGCCACGUAAAUUACCCCCGAAACUCCCGCACAUUUUGUCCGAAUCAAGUCCUUGUUCUUCUCCUCAAAGCUCAAAAUCCGGUUUCUCCAACAGCUUUUUCCCAGCGGCUUAUCAAAAUAAUUCCACUUACUCAACCACUCCUUCUCAGGAUUCUUCCGUUUGGAACUGGGAAAACUUUUACCCUCCAUCUCCACCGGACUCCGAAUUCUUUGAACAAAAAUUACAACAACAGCAGCGAAUGCGACAACUACCUCAUCGGCAGCAUCAUUUGGGUUCAAACAACCCCGAAUAUACGGAAGAUACCGAGACGGAAAAAUCAGAAUACGAUUUCUUCCGUCCACAAAACCUGAAUCACCGUUACGAUUCCAAUUCCGUUAACUCCAAGCGUAAUUUUGACGAGGAAACGGAAAGGGAAGAAGUGCAAUGCAGUGAAUGGGGAGACCACGAUCGUUACACUACAACCAGUUCAUCGGAUGAAGACGAGGAGGAAGAUGAUGACGUCGCAUCCAGAUCCGAGAUUGGGGAUCGCUCCAAUUUCGGUUCUUCGAUGACAGGGGAGUCUGAGAAGUUCCAUCAUCUUCAUCAUCAGACUCCUCCGUCGGUACAGCCGCGGAUUUAUGGGGCCGUCGCGGGGACUAAAAUGGACAAUAAAUCGGAGGAUGCGGGAUCGUCGGCGGGGAGUUAUAAAACGGGUGCUAUGAUGGAGAUGAAGAUGGUAGUUAGACAUAGGGAUUUGAAAAAGAUUGUCGAUGCGAUCAAAGAGAAUUUCGAUAAAGCUGCCGCCGCCGGAGAUCAGGUCUCGGAGAUGCUCGAGAUCAGUAGAGCUCAGCUUGAUAAAAAUUUCAGGCAAUUGAAAAAGACUGUGUAUCAUUCAAGUAGCAUGUUCAGUAACUUGAGCUCAAGCUGGACUUCAAAACCGCCGUUGGCGGUGAAAUAUCGGCUCGACGCGACCGCGCUCAAUGAAUCGGGCGGUUCAAAGAGCCUUUGUUCUACUUUAGACCGGCUCUUGGCUUGGGAGAAGAAGCUCUACGACGAAGUCAAGGCUAGAGAAGGAGUAAAGAUUGAGCAUGAGAAAAAAUUGUCGACGUUGCAAAGUCAAGAAUACAAGGGGGAGGACGAAACCAAAAUAGACAAAACCAAGGCAUCAAUAACACGGCUGCAGUCGCUAAUUAUUGUCACAUCCCAGGCUGUCUCUACCACAUCUACUGCCAUUAUUGGGCUUAGAGACAGUGAUCUUGUUCCACAGCUUAUUGAAAUAUGUCAUGGCUUCAGGUAUAUGUGGGGGUCGAUGCAUCAAUAUCAUGAAGUUCAGAAUAAUAUUGUGCAGCAAGUCUUUGGUCUUAUAAACAGAUCGGGAAAAGGUGAUUCAACUUCUGAACUGCAUCGGCAGGCAACGCGUGAUCUUGAGUCAGCUGUCUCUGCCUGGCACUCUAGUUUUUGCCGUUUAAUGAAAUUUCAACGGGAUUUUAUCCACUCCAUCCAUGGCUGGUUCAAGCUCACCCUUCGUCCUGUCAGCAAUGACAAUGUUGACGGCAAUGGCAAAACAGAUCUCUCUGAUGUAUACGCUUUUUGUGAUGAGUGGAAGCUUGCUCUCGAACGUGUCCCUGACACAGUAGCUUCUGAAGCUAUCAGAAGUUUCAUUAAUGUUGUCCAUGUGAUAUCUGUUAAACAAACUGAAGAGCUUAAGAUUAAGAAGCGAACCGAAACUGCAUCAAAGGAGCUUGAGAAAAAGGCAUCGUCUCUCCAGAACAUAGAGAGGAAGUUCUACCACUCGUACUCAAUGGUUGGUAUUGGACUUCCUGAUUCUGGGGCUGAUCAUGGGCAGGUUCUAGAUGCUCGGGAUCCCCUUGCUGAGAAAAAAACGGAGCUUGCAGGCUGUCAAAGGCGAGUGGAAGAUGAGAUGUUGAGGCAUGCCAAAGCAGUAGAGGUGACGAGAGCAAUGACACUGAAUAAUAUUCAAACCGGCUUGCCGGGGGUUUUUCAAGCAGUGACCAGCUUUUCUGCCUUGUUUACCGAGGCACUUGACUCCGUAUGCUCCCGUUCCUAUCGUAUCAAAUAGAUGAAUACGUUUGUUUUUCUUUCUGCACUUGAAGAAUUUUUGAAGUUGAAAUUUAUAAGAGUUGGGAGGGGUUUUUUCUUGGCUGUUUAUUAUUAUUUUGUACGGGGAAUGUGUAAAUUACAUGGGGAGGUCUUUUUGUGGUUUUUCUCAUCUUCAAUUUGUCAGGUAAAGGCGAGUGUUUGUACAGGAAAUUGCCUCUGAAUAUUCAUUCUUGUAUGAAUAGGGAAAAAAAAAAGGUUGCAACAGAUGAAUAAAUACACAAAUUCUGCCUCUCUUUUAUUAUUA